AUGCUAGGCUUUUGUGCAAAGGACCUGCAGCCUGCAGCCUUCAAAAUUUUUGUUCGGGCUGCGCCGUUGAGAAGUUGGAGCUGCCACACGGCCAGAGCCUUUCGAGCCUUUCGAGGCUUUCGAGGGCGCAACGUGAGCAGCUGGUCCCGGGUCGACGGCAAGGCACCUCGAGUCUUGGUGGUCCACCCCAGGCUGCCUGGGGAGAAUGAGCAGUUGGUUCCCUGGGAUGCUGCUGAGGCGGUGGCCUUGGCACGAGCAGUCGGAUGGCAGAGCGUUCAACCUGGCGAAAAUCCAGGACUGCUCAGCAGCUCCUCGGAGGACGAGGAGACUGAAAGUGAAGACGAGGUGGAAGAGGAAGUUGAGGCCUACGUCGCCAGACUCGAGAGAGUGGAUCCAAAGUUCUACUUCCACGUCCAGGAGCUCUCUCGUGUGGCUGUGCUGGUAGCUCGAAGCAAAGCCGAUGUGCUGUUUGUGAAUGCCUCCCUUUCGCCAGCCCAACAGAGGCAUUUGGAGGUCGCCAUGGACCUUGCUUGGCGUGCCGCCCGGCAGAGCAGAUCCAGCGAGGUCCAGCUUCACCAAUCAAGUAUUUCUGUCUUCGACCGCUCCCGCACGGUCUUGGCCAUCUUUGCACGAAGAGCUUCAACACAAAAUGCCAGGCUGAGCAUCGAGCUGGCCGAGGCUCAAGAGGUCAAGGCCAGGCUUGGAGCCGGGGCAGUCCAAGGCAUCACCUUGCAGCUGCAGCGCGUGGCCAACGAUCUUUCAAGGAAAGUUGCAGGUUGUAGCAAGACUGCGCUCUUGUCCCGCAGUGGUUCCGCUCGUGGAGUCACCACGUCAUUCACCUCAUCUCCACAGAUCACUCGGCAGAAGCAACAACGUGCCAUCGAGGAGAAGGAGAAGAGGCUCCGCGAGGAGAUCGCAAGUCUUCAAAAAGCCCGUCGCACGCGGCGCCAGCAACGCAGUCGUGAUGGCUUGCAGUCAAUCGGUUUGGUGGGAUACACCAACGUUGGGAAAAGUGCUAUCGUGAAUCGCCUCGCUGGAUCCGACCUCGUGGUGAAGGAUGGAGUCUUUGUGACCUUAGACCUUGCCGCACGACGCUUUGAAUUGCCAUCCGGCAGUCAAUGUCACAUUCUUGACUCGGUGGGCUUCAUCAAGGAUUUGCCGAUUGAGCUGGUCGAAGUCUUUCAGGCAACGAUUCAGGAGCUCCAAGCGGCGACCGUGAUCCUGCACGUGAGGGACAUGGCGCAUCCCUCCCGCGAGGAGCAAGGCCAAACCGUGCGCAGCGUUUUAGACGAGAAUGGCAUUGAGGAGGAGCGGGUGAUUGAGGUGUGGAACAAGACGGACCUGCUGACCGAGAGACAGGUGCAGCAUUUGCUCUUUCUUCAUCGGCGAAAGGAUGAUGCUUCGCCGGUUCCGACCAUCAGCGCUCUCACAGGCGAUGGCUUUGACCACUUGCUGGAGACUGUGGAAAAGAAGCUCCAGGACUUGUCUGUGAAGCUGGUGCCAGGCCUAAAUACCUCAACUGCGCUUGAGGUUUCUUGCACCGGCCCGCAGCUUGUACGUAUCCCACAUGAUCUCCCUCCACAACAGGCUGCAGAUCUGUGGAGUUUUCUUCACGAGACGAGUUCAGUGGUCGAGGACUCCAUUGCGUCCUGCAAGGACACGAGCGAUGUACUUCUUGAAGUGAAGAUGGACAAUGCAACACGAUCAAGGUUCCUCAAGAAAUUUGGUGGAGGAAUGCUCUUAUGA